AUGUCCCCAAGCCGCGUGCCGGACGCCUACCGCCUGCCCGACGCCUACCUUCCGACUGGGCGCUCCAAAGUCAUCGAGCCGGGUCUCGUAGUCAUACGCGCAGCAUUGGCGGAAACAGAGCAGCAAACCUUAUUUCGUGCCGUUGGAGGCUCAAGAUUCCUCCCGGCGGAGACUGCCAAUCGGGAGCGGGUGUAUGACCGUGUCGAGGCGUUUGACGCUGCGGCGACUGCUGCCUGCGUGUGCGCCUCUACCUGUGCCAGCCAGGCCGACGCCGCCAUGCCAAAUAUGUUCCCCACCCACCUGCUGGCCAACAGGUAUUCCAGCACCUCUGGCCUCGUGUGGCACCGCGACAUCUAUCGCAACGACGGCGACGGUGACGCUCCCAUCGUGAUCCUCUCUCUCGGGGCUCCCUGCCAAUUUGGGGUCGAGUCUGUCGUGACGGGCGAGCGGCGCGUCAUCGAAUUGCGGAGCGGCGACGCACUGGUAUUUGGCGGGCCCUGCCGCUUCAUCAAGCACGCGGUGCUCUCAAUUGAUCUCGAGCGGUCCCCCACGUGGAUGCCUGUUGAGCAGCGCGCGCGUCUCUCGCUCACGUUUCGCGAGGCCGUGCUUGGGCAGGAGCACCUCUAUCGCACCUUCAAGGCCGAGCACCUCACCGAGCAGGAGCGCUGGCGUCCUGGAGACCCACUCGUUGGGCCACAGCCGACGCAGCAGGGUCUCGACCAGUCACCACUCCCGGCGAGGAGCGAAGCAGCGGUGGCUUGCUCCGCCUAG